ACUCUAAACUGCUCACUCCUAAAAGGCUAAAAUCCUUAAUGGAUAUAUAACAAGAGUUGGAAAUAUCGCCGAUCGCAGAUCAUCUCCCUCUCUACCGGCGGGGUGAACCGGAAGAUCGGGGUGCGGCAGCCAUGUCUAAAGCUCGUUACGCAGACGUCAACGUGAUCCGCCCCAAGGAGUAUUGGGACUACGAGGCACUAACUGUGCAGUGGGGUGAUCAAGAUGAUUAUGAGGUUGUUCGGAAAGUUGGAAGAGGGAAGUACAGUGAGGUCUUUGAAGGUGUUAAUGUUUCAAAUAAUGAGAGAUGCAUCAUCAAAAUUCUGAAACCUGUUAAGAAAAAGAAGAUAAAGAGGGAGAUUAAGAUACUUCAGAACCUUUGUGGGGGUCCUAAUAUAGUGAAGCUUCUUGAUAUUGUCAGAGACCAGCAUUCUAAAACCCCCAGCUUGGUAUUUGAAUAUGUGAACAGUACAGAUUUUAAAAUCUUAUACCCCACGCUCACAGAUUAUGACAUUCGCUACUACAUUUAUGAGCUUCUUAAGGCCUUAGAUUACUGCCAUUCACAAGGAAUUAUGCACCGUGAUGUUAAGCCUCACAAUGUCAUGAUUGAUCAUGAGCUCCGUAAGCUACGCUUGAUAGACUGGGGUCUUGCGGAAUUCUAUCAUCCUGGAAAGGAGUACAAUGUUCGCGUUGCUUCAAGAUAUUUUAAGGGCCCUGAACUGCUCGUUGAUCUACAAGAUUAUGACUAUUCUCUUGACAUGUGGAGCCUUGGCUGCAUGUUUGCCGGAAUGAUAUUUCGCAAGGAACCAUUUUUCUAUGGGCAUGACAACCAAGAUCAGCUUGUCAAAAUUGCCAAGGUACUAGGAACAGAUGAAUUAAAUGCUUACUUGAACAAAUAUCGAUUAGAACUUGAUCCUCAACUUGAAGCAAUGGUUGGAAGGCACAGCAGGAAACCGUGGUCUAAAUUUAUCAAUGCGGAAAACCAGCAUCUGGUGUCCCCAGAGGCGAUAGAUUUUCUUGACAAGCUUUUGCGAUAUGAUCACCAGGAUAGACUCACGGCACGAGAAGCAAUGGCACACCCAUAUUUUCUCCAAGUUAGAGCUGCAGAGAACAGUAGAAUGCGCACACAGUGACCAACUUUAUUCUACCUUAGCUUUCAUUAAUGCUGUCUUCGAUCUAUAUAGCCUAUUUCUGUAUUCUAUUUAUGCGCCAAAAAGAGUUCGAUGCUUGAGGCUGUCUCUCCUUCUGUGCUGUUUAUACUGAAUUCCUAAAUCUCUCUCUCUCUCUCUAUGCCUUCUUAUACUAAUCAGGUAAGCUUCAUAACCUACAAAUAUAUUAUUUGCAGCAUGUCUGUCUCAUGGAUCUGUAGAUUUGCUUUCAGAUAGCUUUCAUCUUUCAGUA